AUGGAUUGGUUUCAUUGCAAUCAGUGCUUCAGCCAAGAGAAAUCUGACUUUUUGGUUACUAGUUGUAGACACAUAUUUUGCAAAGAAUGUGCUGGUACAGAUAAAUGCCCUUCUUGUGGAACAAGCUGCAAAUAUUUGUCUCUUAAGGAUAAUAUAAAACAAGAAGAAAAGAAGUUUGUCAAAAACCCUGUUGAAACAGCACUCAACUAUAUUGCUCAUAUCUCUCAGGUAUGGACAUUCCAGAAGAGCCAGAUGGACCUGCUGGUCUCUUUCUACAAAAAUAAUGCUUCAAAAGCUGAAGGAGCACUCCAGCAAGCUCUCCACAAACUAACUAUCCAGGAAAAAGAACUAGAGGCUGUACAGAAGGAAAAUAGGGAACUGAAGAAGAAGUACUUCAACCUGAAGGCUUUUCCCAGAGAACACCAGGAUAGCAGAAAGAACACCCCAAAGCCGGUUGCCAUCACUCCUCCCUCACAGACAGUUACACCACAACGAAUUUUCCAGCGCUCCAGUGAGGUGGUCAGCCGUUCAUCUUCUAUGGAUUCCAUUUCUUCCAGAGUCAGCCAUCCCCUCAGCUGGCAGCAUAGGACAGCCACCAGAACAACCCCGGCAGUCUUUGCGAAUGCUACUCCAUCUUCAGACUCCAUGCAGAGCUUAUUCUACAGGGCCUCUCCUUUCGUCUCCCACACCCCCAGUUCCAAUGUCUUCAAUCUUCAAACCCCAAUGGCGAGUCAGAGUGCUAAUAACCCUGGGCAGCCACAAGAAACUCCAUACUUCAACCUCAGCAUCUUUCCAGAUCCAGCAGGUGCUUCUGUUCCUGACCACAAUGCUGAAAGACUGCGCUCCCUACAGCUGAGAUUCACACCUCACUCUACACCAUCCUUUCCCCACAGGUAUUCAUCCAUCAGCCAAAUCCAUCAGCAAUAAUGGGGAUGACCAAAGCAGCUGUUCUCUUAAACAUCAUCCUAAUGUUAGAUGCAAGAUAGACUCUUCUGUGCAGAUUUCCUGCAGUAUUUGAAUAUUUGAGCCUUAUUAAAAAGCAAUCAAUUAGUAACUGAGUGAUGCCAUUAGGAGACUUGUUUUGAUUAAAAUUAUAUUUAAAUAUUUUUUGUGACUUGUA